AGUUCUUCGCAAACUGUGCUUCGUCUCACUCGAAAUCUAAAAAAUCAUGCCUCUUUCUUUUGCUAUCUGGAGUGCUAAGCUCACCCCGGGAGAGCCCGAGGCUAUCACUCCGCCUGCAGAUCUCAGGAUCACGAACAUUGCGCUUGGUGACGAAGUCGCAGAAGAGAAUGCUCGUACCUCUGUGAGACUUGUAUACAUGAACCCUGCUCCUCCUGAGGACAGUGACGAUGAAGAUGAUGAGGAAGAAAAAGAUGAGGACGAGGACGACGAAGACUCCAAACUCGAGCCUGUUCAGACUUUCCUCGGCUCCGUGACACCAGGAAAGGUUGAGCAAUGCAUGGUUGACAUCACUCUCGGGAAAGAUGAGGAGAUACUUCUCGAGGCGGUCGGAAAGAACGUCGUCUACGUCACUGGAAACUACAUCGACCAGGGUGGAAAUGAUAGUGACGAUGAAUCUAAUUACGACUACGAUCCUGAUGAAGAUGACUACGACCUGCAAGAUAUUCCGUCCGACGUUGAGGUCGACGCGGAUGAGAUCGAGUUGCUCAGUGAGGAGGGUCGUUUCGAAGAGGUGAAUGAGGAGUCGACCGCGGCUAAAACAAGCAAAGAUUCGAAGAAGCGUCCUCGCGAGCCUGAUGCCAUGGAGACCGAAGAGCCAAAACUUUCGAAGUCUCAGCAAAAGAAGCUGAACAAGAAGCUCAAGGCCGAGGGUGGAAACGCUGUCCCCACCGGUGAGGAGUCCGCUCCACCCGCCACCGAGGCCAAAAAGGAGAAGAAGGACAAAAAAGAAAAGAAGGAAAAGAAGGAAAAAGAGGAGGACACCAAGAAGCCAGUGAAGGUUGAGGAGAGGAAGGACGGGCUCAAGAUCGAGGACCACAAGGUUGGGACCGGCCCUCAGGCGAAGAAAGGCGACAAGGUGUCCUUGCGCUAUAUUGGCAAGUUGACGAACGGCAAGGAGUUUGACAAGAACGUUAGUGGCAAACCCUUUAUUUUCCGUCUUGGCCGCGGUGAAGUGAUCAAAGGUUGGGACGAGGGUAUCGCUGGUAUGCAAGUCGGCGGUGAGCGACGACUCACUAUUCCUGCCAGCUUGGGUUACGGCAAGAAGGGAAGCGACCCUAUUCCUCCCAACGCGACCCUUAUCUUUGAUGUCAAGUUGGUGAAGAUCAACUAAAAGCGAUUUACCUCCGCUCUAAAACUCCCCGACGUUCCAGACUCGGACGGAAUGUCUUGUCACUCGCUGAUGUCGUUUGUUAUGCCUUACAUUAUAGAUUAGUCGCUCUGCUGUCUAUUCUUGCUGAUCAGCUUAUUGCUAUAUAGUUCUUUGCUUGGUUCGAAGUCUUGAGGUCCUAUAAGGAAAAUAGCAUGAUGAUCUAAGCUGAGUC